AUGGAUGUCUCCUGGCAGACCACUUUGUUGGCGUAUUUCUGUUGCUUUGUCUCUGUUGUUUUCUUUGGGAGCAACUAUGUCGUCGUAAAGAAGUUUCCGACGGGCGAUGGGCUGUUCUUCCAGUUUGCACUUUCUGUUGGGAUUUUCCUCACUUCCAUCUUCCUCGAGUUUGUGACAAACCCAACACACGUGUUCUACCCUUUUGCGAUGAUUGGUGGAAUGAUAUGGGCUUUUGGCAAUUUAAUGACCGUCCCCAUCAUCAGAAUGAUUGGGAUAUCCCUUGGUAUUUCGCUGUGGGGAAUCACCAAUUUAGCAAUGGGAUGGUUCACUGGGACGUUUGGGUUGUUUGGCCUCAAUCCACAGACUGUUGCCAAUCAACCACUGAACAUCGUUGGUGCGUGCUUCGCAUGUUUGAGUGUCCCAUUUUAUGGAUUUAUCAAGUCGAACGUUUCAGGAACCAAACCAGCAGAAGUGAAAGAAGAGAAGAAAAGUGUGGAAGUGGUCAAAGAAAAGGAGAAUUUGAUACCUAAGGACACAGAAGUUGCGAUUGAAACAGCCGAAAUCGAGAAGAAAGGAGAACCCCUCAAAGAAACCAAAGAGGGAAAUAUAUUUGACUUUCUCGAUACAAUGAAUCCAUUGGCAAGACGAUUGUGUGGGAUUGUUUUGGCACUCUGUGCUGGAUUGUUCUUUGGAUCCAACUUCACACCACCUCAAUAUAUGAUCGACAACGGUCUUGGCCCUGUCGAACAGUAUUCGUAUAUCUUUUCACAUGCAUGUGGAAUUAUGAUAACGUCGAUUGUGUUUAUCAUUUGUUAUGCUAUCAUCACAUUAGACUCACCAGUGAUGUACCCUCAAACCUUCUUACCCGCCAUCGUGUCUGGAAUCAUGUGGGAAAUAGCACAAGUGGCUUUCAUGUUCUCCAACACUUAUUUGCCGUGGAGUAUCACCUUCUCCAUUAAUGCUGCUGGGCCCGGGUUAGUUUCUACCCUUUGGGGAAUUCUAGCCUUUGCAGAAAUUCGCGGGUGGAGGAAUUAUCUUCUCUUUGGUGGGGGUGUUGUGUUUUUGUUGAGUGGGGUACUUUGCGUUGUGUUUUCGAGGUGA